AUAUAAAUUUCUCUUUUUUUUUGGUUGGGUUGAAAAUUUGAUGGAGUCGACUUGGGCUGUGGCCGCGGUGGUGACGGCGGUAGUGGCGGUGGCGACGGUGUUUUCGGUGUUGAAAUGGGCGGCGAAGAGUUUGAAUGAGUGGAUAUAUGAGGCGAAAUUGGGUGACCGGCGGUUGGCUCUGCCGCCGGGGGAUUUGGGAUGGCCUUUAAUUGGGAAUAUGUUGGGUUUCCUUAGAGCCUUCAAGUCUAAGAACCCUGAAACUUUCAUUGAUGGCUAUGUUUCCAGGUAUGGGAAAACCGGAGUGUACAAGGUUCAUUUGUUUGGAAACCCUAGCGUGGUCGUGACGACGCCGGAGACAUGCCGGAAAGUUUUGACGGACGACGAAGCGUUCCAGCCUGGCUGGCCACGCGCGGCGGUAGAGCUCAUUGGAGAGAAGUCUUUCAUUCAAAUGCCGCAAGAAGAACACAAGCGUCUCCGCCGCUUAACCUCUGCUCCGGUGAACGGGUUCGAGGCGCUGAGCAAUUACAUUCCUUACAUCGAAAAGAAUGUAUUGGAAUCGUUGGAGAAAUGGUCUAAAAUGGGGCCCAUCGAAUUCUUAACUCAACUUCGUAAGCUUACUUUCACCGUUAUCAUGUACAUUUUCCUAAGCUCUGAGAGCGAACCGGUGAUGGAGAUGUUGGAGAAGGAGUAUACUCGGCUUAACUAUGGAGUUCGAGCCAUGAGAAUUAACCUACCUGGAUUUGCUUACCACAAAGCACUCAAGGCUCGGAAGAAUCUUGUGGCUGCGCUGAAAGGAAUUGUGACUGAGCGAAGACGGCAAAAAUUGGACAAAUGGGCGCCGAAGAGGAAGGACAUGAUGGACCAACUGAUCGAUAUUGUAGAUGAAAAUGGCCGGAAAUUGGACGACGAGGAGAUCAUCGAUAUUCUGAUUAUGUACUUGAAUGCAGGCCAUGAAUCUUCAGGCCACACCAUGAUGUGGGCGACUAUUUUGUUGAAUCAACACCCUGAAGUUCUCAAGAAAGCCAGGGAAGAACAGGAAGCGAUUGUGAGGAACAGGCCUGCAGGUCAAACGGGAUUAACAUUGAAAGAAUGCCGGGACAUGGAAUAUCUCUCAAAAGUUGUUGAUGAGACUCUUCGCUAUGUAUCAUUCUCCCUUGUUGUUUUCAGAGAGGCACAAAUGGAUGUCAACCUCAAUGGUUAUCUAAUUCCCAAGGGUUGGAAAGUGCUGGCUUGGUUCAGAAGCAUUCACUACGACAGUGAAGUUUACCCAGACCCAAAGAAAUUUGAACCCUCAAGAUGGGAUGGAUUUGUUCCAAAAGCAGGAGAGUUUCUUCCAUUUGGAGCAGGAAGCAGGCUAUGCCCAGGAAACGAUCUAGCCAAGUUGGAGAUCUGCAUUUUCGUUCAUUAUUUUCUCCUCAACUACAAUCUUGAAUGGCUGACCCCUGACUGUGAAAUCCUGUAUCUGCCCCAUUCGAGGCCCAAGGACAAUUGCAUGGCUAAAAUCACUAAGAAGUCCAGCGUGGCUGCGUGAUGGGUGUUCUCUACUGUUCAUCACCACACAGGAAGAAGUUUAGUUUUUAUGUACUAUAUAAUGGUGUUCUUACUAUUUAAGCCCACACAGCAAGAACAACAUGUAUGAUAUGACAUGUCUUGCCUUCUCCUUGUGUCGUCUGUAGUCAGUUCUGUACUGGAAUUCUGGUUCAAAUAAAUUAGAAGGUUCUCUUCCUUCUC